CAUGUCCCCAAAGGUCCAAUCUCGGUCAUCUCCUGUACUAUGUCCGCAGUCCUGGUCAUCUCCUUCUAUGUCUGCAGUCUAUGGUCAUCUCCUGUACUAUGUCCGCAGUCUCUGGUCAUCUCCUGUACUAUGUCCGCAGUCUCUGGUCAUCUCCUGUACUAUGUCUGCAGUCUAUGGUCAUCUCCUGUACUGUGUCCGCAGUCCUGGUCAUCUCCUGUACUAUGUCUGCAGUCUCUGGUCAUCUCCUGUACUGUUCCGCAGUCUCUGUCAUCUUCUGUACUAUGUCUGCAGUCUUUGGUAAUCUCCUGUAAUAUGUCCACAGUCUCUGGUCAUCUCCUGUAGUACAUCCGCAGUCUCUGGUCAUCUCCU